AUGACGUCUACAACAACCGCACAUUUUUCUCGUAUUAAAAGUGAAAAAGAUCAAGAUACUGUACUUUAUAAAGGUUAUUUAUAUCGGUUAAAGCGUUCAAAUAAGAACGGUAAUGCAAUGAUUGGAAGUUAUUGUAUUGCUGAUAAUGGUGCACAUAGUCCAGUGCAUGAUCCCAAAUUAUCAGAAAACGUUGUAGCAUGUAUAAAGUCAAUCAAACGACGGAUUAUGACAGAACCAACAGCUCCAAUACCUCAAAUUUAUGAUCAACAUGUGAAAAAAUUUAGAAGAGAAAAUGGUACUGCUGCCUUCGUUCCAGUCUUUUGUUCCGUUAAACAACAAUUUUAUGAUGCUCGUCUAUUUGUAUUUCCAUCAUUACCAAAAAUAUUACAAUCACUUGUUAUACUUCAUCAGGUGACUCGUACAUCAUUAGGUGAACAAUUUUUAUUUUGUGAUAAUCCAUAUCCAACUUUAUUAUUAGGUUUUUGUUCAUCAUCAUCAUUAGAAAUUUUGCUGCUCAAUUCCGAAAGAGCCAUUGAGCAUUAUCACAGCGUGAUUCGAUAG